ACCGAACUGUAGAUAUUAUUGAAUGUGCUAUAGGAUUAUUGAACAUUGUCCGUUUAAAAAAUCUAGUUGUGUUGUUUAGUGAUAAUUGUCGUGCCUUAUUAAUUUAUUUUAGAAUUUUUAAAAAGGAGAUUACAUAGUCGAUUAGCUUAGUUGGCUUAUUCAGUUAAAAUGGAGGGCUUAUAUAAAAUUAAUUUGAUACCGUGCGAUCUGAGUACAGAAGAGACGAUACUGCAAAUAGCAGACACCCUUGACAAUCUGAACGGGAUAGUCGAAGAUGUGUUCGCGCGUCUGAAUCUCAGAAUAGAACAGAAUAAAGAAAAAGCGUUGAAGCUUUCUCAGAGAGUAGAAUCGUCAAAAGCUAAGGUUGAGAAAUUGACGGGCAUUCAGACGGCGAUCAAAGUGUUCUCGAGCGCCAAGUAUCCCGCGUCAAUCACGCAUGAACACUACCAAUCCAUAUUUGACCUGAACGGAUACAAGCAUAAGCCUCAAAAGGUUACUCUGAGCAGGAAAUCUCAGGGGAUGGCCAAUGACAAACAAGCACAGGAAAGGCUCCACUUCUUCCACGUCAAAGUGGGCAAGCCUAAAAACCCUGAACCGAAACCGGAUUUCGAUUUGAAAACCGUAGUCGAUACGUUAACUACCGUCGGCGAGUUACUCGUCUUCAACACAGAUGAGAGCCCCUACCUCGGGAGCAAAACCAAGGCGCCAGCCUACGUGCCGAAUGUUGCCAGUGCCGAAAAUAGGAGUUUGUUGGAAGAAGCGCCUUCCUCUAUCAUGAAAAGAGAGCACUUGAAGAGAGAAAUCGACGAAUACAUGUACGCGCCCGGAAUGGGGAUGGUCCCUGAACUGGAAAUGCCAACAGAUCUACCGGAUCUACCGGGCAUAGCUGGCGAUGUCCAAUUCUCCAUAGCCCAAGACGGCUCUAUAGCACCUUCCGCCGUUACCUCCCCUGUGGCGCCCGUUAAAGAAAUAAUAGAUCCCGAUUUACCAAAUCUAGAUCUACCGGAUGUGAAAGAUCUGCCUGACAUAAAAGAUCUGCCUGAUAUAAAAGAUCUGCCGGAUAUAAAAGAUCUGCCGGAUGUGUCAGUGCCGAAUCUGCCGGCGGUGGAGUUGGGAGCGAGAGACUUGCCGCCUCCGCCUCCGCCGCCUCCUCCGCCGCCGCCGAUGGAGCCGCCGACACCGAAGGAGACUCCUAGCAAAAGGUCUGAAGCCAGAGAAGCCCCUGCGCCGGCUGGGGAUGCCCACUCGAAUCUGAUGGCCGCUAUACGACAGGCCGGGGGCGCUGGUCGAGCCAAGCUGCGGCCGGCUGCUUCUUCCACACCUUCCAAGUCUGCUGCAUCCGGCGGUGACCUGAUGGCCGACCUCCACGCCAAGCUCUCCAUGCGCCGGCGCGGCAUCUCCGGCGCCGAGCGGCACGGGGGCUCCGUGCUCCACACGUUGGCUAGCGUCAUCCCUGAGCCCGGCGAGUCCACGCCGCAGGCCUCCUCUAGCGGCGACGAGUGGGAGUAAGACAACAAUCGUUACAGCGUCAAGGCGACGAGUGGGAGCGAGGCAACAACACUUACAGCAUCAGGGGGCUCGCUCGUGCACACGCUGGCUAGAAACCCAAUGAAUCAACACAGCAGGACUCCUGCGGUCAUGAGCGGAACGAGCGAUACUAUAGCUUUGUCACCAAAUCUUAUCCCUUCUUGGCUUAUGCUAGUUAGUGCUAGACUACGGGUAGUAAGGAUCGCUAGCGCCCGCAGUUCCAUCAAAAUUAAUUUACCUAAGAAUUUAUGUGACACGCUCGAAUAUAGUCCUCUAAUCGAACCACAUCAUAGACUUCUCAUCGUAGGUUGAAUCUUACAGGCUUUCUGGUUGUGGUUUCCAAUUAUUAAUAGCUUCAGAUCGACAGCUGCCUUGAGAUUUGUACUACGAUCUGACACUUGAGUCUGACACUGUUGUCACAGACAUUCAGCGCCUCUGGCGCCUACUUUUAUAAACGGCAUGGUACAUUUAAAGUUUUUUGACACGUUCGCUCCCAAAUUGCGACACCAUGCGUGCGUUUUGAUGCGUUGCGUAUUUCCAAACAUUCCGGCGCUUGAAUCAAAUCUCCAUAUCAUUCUUCCAAAGAUUCUGUCACGUAUUUAUCAAAAGUCGUUAAUUUUUUAUUCGUUUUCAUUGAAGCGUUGGUAUUCAAUAAAAUUAGUACAUACUUACCUGUACGCGUGGGAUUAGUAUAUGUAUACGUACAGGCAAUUUUAAGUGAAAUUAUAAAUUACACAUUAAAUUAACUAUUUAUCUAACAUAACGCUUCAAGGAAAACGAUUAAAUUGUUUGUUAAUUAUAGAUCUGAAAUGUGACCCAUAUAAGUUAUACCGAAAGAAUAAGUAUUUGUAUUGUUAAUGUAAAAAAAAACAUCAAAAGUGGUCAAUGGGAGUUUUGGAAAGCAUAUUAUAUCGUAUCUACUUGUGCUAAUAACUCAAGCAAAAUUUUUCUUAGUAUCAUCUACUAAAUUAUUUUGAUUUUGUAUUCAGUGUUUCUUUGGAAUUCGCGGAAAAUAGCGGUCAUAUGCAAAUAUUGUAUACAAUCGAAUGCUAAAUAAUAUUUGCGUAAACCUCACAGGUCCGAGGCCUCGCGUCAGUUCGGCAAACAUUCCAAUUUCCGCUGCCAUUACGUAGUUGCCCGGUGGAUACCCGGCUAUUAGAAGCACCAACCAAUUUCUCCGCUUAAUUUACUUUAUGGGGUUUUCCUGCUAUCAUACGUAGUCUACUCUCAUGGUUACGCGAGUGCGAGUAAUUAAGUUUUAAGUCGCCAGUGUAUCGUGACCCCGAUACCCUUGACAACUUUAAGCAAUGAAAGACCACCAAUGAAUGACACCACAUGUUUUUUCUCUUGGAUACUACUAUGCCUUGUUACGUAUCUCGGGGACCACUCACUUAUUCACCGCGUGGAUGACGCAGAAAUCAAUCUUGUGACGUGUAUAUAUUACAAUCAAUCAUGAGACUUGCAUAAUUGAAUCAACUGAUUACUAUUACUUGUUACAUAUUCAAAGGACAACUCUCCAUCGCGUUCUUUUUAACACGAACACUAGCCGAAACUGCAAAUCUAUUUCCACUCCGUUCCACGUCAGUACAUUCGUAGAAGCAACUAUUUUAUGAAUUGACGCGAGAUUUAUUGAGUAUUUACUAUGAUAUACUGAGAAACGUGUGUAACGUAAUGAGCUGGUUCAUAACUUAUUAGUUAUUUGUUCAAGAUAAUAAGGUCGCUGGGAUAUACGUCGUGAGACAGGAUUUCCAAUCAUAGUUACAUAAAGAAAGACGAUUUUUUAGUCUAGGUAAAUACCAGUUCCCGUCGGAUUAUCGUUUUAAGUAUGAUGUUUUUAACGCCUUUAUUGUUUACUCUUUAAAAAUCAGGUCAUAUUAUGGCUCUAAGGAUGCUGCCUUGCUAACAUACAAAACCAAUCGUUGAUCAAUCGUAUGGAUGAAUGAUUAUUUCAUUAGGUAUAAGGCCAAGAAAUUUGAUAUCUGACCCGAUUACACAUUCUCACAGUGACAAUAUGAGAUCCAUAGCGGCUUUCAUAUUGAUUGCCACUGUGACAGCGACAUGAGACCUACGAAGUGACACAAAAAUCGAAUUCCGUGACUGCUCGUUAUUUACUAUACAGUAGGGAAAGCAGAUUUUGAAGUUAUCCAAUAGAGCUGCUAUCAAAAGAGCUUUGCUUUAUCAUACAAGCCCUCACGAUCCAGAUUUGGUACCGAUGCAAUGCAGUGGUGCUGGUGACGUCUGUUUACUAAAGAACGCGUCACUGACCAAACACCGCGCUCGCGCGUGUUCGUUCCAACUGAUACCGUGUGUUUGUUUUUGUUUAAAUCUAAAUUUAAACGGGUGGAGGGUUAUUCUGGCAUCCACCGGGAAUGUUUUUUUAGACUUUUUAGUAGAGUUUAACCCGUAAAAAACGUAUUAACUAGAAAUAAACUCCCAACGAUAAUGUCCGAAACUCAUUAUCGCGCUCAGUUGGUUGCCAGUUUUUUCACUGAACCCUAUAAAACAUGCGUGUAGGGAUCGGGGUGGUAUUAUUAUUACCAAAUUAAUUUCUUCAGGGGUCUACAAAGUACAGCCUGUGAGCCGAAACUAUUUGGUCUACGAAAGGAGACAAAACAAUUCAAUCCGGCCCGCGAAAAACUACUACAUAACUAUAAAAACCAGCGUACAAAAACGAAGUGGAGGCCUUGUUGUAGCCCUUGGGUAAACAAGUUUGGAAACCCCUGCUUUAGGUUAACUAGACCAGAGCCAGUUCUGCCCUGUUACAGCGUAUCUUAUUACAUAUUUCUAAUCUAGAUACGCUGUUUUGCCAUAACAGGGCAGAGUUUAAGUCUGACUUCGAGAUUUGUAUUUGUAACAAGUGUGUUAUCGGAGAUCUACUUAUACAGCAUUAUCAGAGCGAUCGGGAACAACUGGUUUCCCGUAUAAAAGGUGGCAACGACGCGAGUUUCACAUCACCAUAACGCGGGAGUAAAGAACGUAUAAGAGUACACUUUCAUACAAACGUUUUUGAGACUAUUACCCCACUCAAUUGCCGCGCAUGUUUGCGUGCUCUUAGUUGCUCGUUUCAGGAAGCUACACGUUACAGUUUUAUAAAUCUAAACGGGUAGCAUUCUUCAAGAAAAUUCUCUUCAUUAUAGUCUGCUCCAUCCACUCAGUGUUGCCGUUUUAGGCUUGUAAAAUUGUCGCUCGUGUACAUGACAAACGAUCAGAGAAAAUGCAUAGACACUACUUUUAAAAUACAUAACAUAUUAUAAGUACGCGGAGAUAAAUAAAUAACAGCAUUUAAUGACGGCGUUAUAAUUGACUAUUUCUAAGUUCUUUAUGCACCACGUUCGUUAACUCGUUACUCUGUUCCGUUCGUGUACUCCCUUGCCUUUCCCCGCGUUAAUGCAAGUAUAAUGGCGUAAGCUUCCCCGAAGCUGCGCGCGCACAUAAAUCUGCCCAGCUGAUAUCGGAAAAGGCUCCGUAUUAGAAUAAUCACAUUUCUCACUAAGGGGCUAUCUCUUUUUUAAUUCCGAGAAGGGACGCGAACUAUCGCCGCGGACGAUUAGUGAUUACAUACAAAAACCAAGGUUUAUUUAGCUAGAGACUCGUAAAUAACGUAGACUUGACGUUGACGUCGUUUUUUUAUUCGUUCGAAGCCAUUUGCCUCCAUACGUAAAACAUAAAGUGCUACAAACCACGAUGUAAAAGAGCUGUUACUUAGUUACAUUUUCGGGUCGACAAUUUCCAUCACUCCUAUCAGGGAGUCGCAAUUGUUAUUCAGUUUGUAAUUCAAAUUAUUCUUUAGUAUCUUAUCACUGUUGUGGAUGGCUCGUUUGCUCAGUUCUAGGUCAUAAUAUACAAUAUUAUGUAUACUUCGCCAUUUAUCCUGAUGAAUAAAUGUAUGAGUUUCUAACUCAUUAGUUAAAUAGCAAAUAGAAGUAGUCAAAGUGCCACUCAAAAUAUUUCAGGACGCCAUAUGCAACACUGGUGUUGACGCUACUGUGGGGAGAUUGGCAGUCUAUUUUAUACAUGUCUUUUGUUUAUAAAUUUACUACACAGCGCAAUACAUAUUUUGUCCACGAUUAUAGUUAAUGUGAAUGUUUUAAGUGCCUACGCUAAUUCCGAGUAAGGUUAACGAGGGGAUCUGAGAAGUUGACUUCAUUAUAAUUUAUACAUGCUUAUUGAUUAUGUCGUCAUUUGCGAAAAUAUAUUUUGUAUUCGCAAUUUUUGUCGGUGCGCUAUUUCUUUUUUUUACUAAUCUCAAUGAAAAAAAAAUAUGACCGAUACUUUGCAAAAAUUACCAUUAUAUAGGUAUAUAUCAAUUUCAAGAACCAUUUAGUGUAGGUAAGUUUAAAUAGCAUCUGCUUAAUUAAUUUUGAAUAUAUAAUAUAAUAUAUAUAUAUAUAUAUAUUGCCGACUUGGAUGGAAAGACUUGAGGAUUGAAUGAAUCGUUAAAAAAUAUAGGUUUGCUUGUUUACGAGUUAGCUGUGAGUCAUAAAUAUGUAUGUAAUUACCAUCUUGUUUCAAUAACAUAAAUAAAGGUAGACAACGUAUAUAUGAUAAUGUUAUGUACGAGUAUAUAUAUGACGGCACUACUUACGGUGCUAUAAAACUUAUAAUUACGCCGGCCGACUUGCUUGCAUUUUUUUGUAAAUAUAUAAUCAUAAAUUGAUUUAAUCAAUUAUUAAAGGCUGGCGCAGUUUAUUUACAAAGUAGUUCACGGUCUUAAGUUAAAGCCUUCUAAGCUUCUAUCUUAAACUUAUUUACAUUAUUUUUUUUAUUUAUUAUCACUACUUUUAGGAAACAUCUAGGAAUGUAACCAUAGGUAAAUAUAAUUUAACUUUAUCACUACAUUUGGCGUUACGUAAAUGAAUAUAUAAACUUUUAAUUACUUAUAUAUGGCCACCCACUUAUGCAAAUUAUGUUUUUAAAUUUUAGCCAAAUUUGCUGUGCCGCUUUGCGGAAUCCAAGAGAAACCAGUUCAAUAACAGUUACAUCCUGCUGGGAUUCCGAGAAAUCGAUGUUAGAUAUAAUACGCAAAUCAUACACAUCUUUAUUAUGCUGACAUAACAGUUCUUUAUGAAUUUAAACCACAGAAUUCGCAAUGAGGUUAAAAACCCACAAAUUAUAUAAAUGGUUCCAGUUGUCCGGAACCGAAAAGUCUGGGUUAAUAUUUCUUUGUUGAAAUGUUUUUAUAUGAACGAUUGCGUGGCCAUUUGUGUUAUUAUUGCACAUUUAACAUCGAUAAUGCUAAUGGAGUGAAGAUCCGCUAGAAAUUUAAUAAGGUUCGGGAUACCUGUGAUGGUACUUGUAGAAUUACAAUUGAUAAAGUAAACUUGAAAGGUUUAAAGGUUAAUUUUCCUGUAGCAAGUGAGCACGGAGUAAUGAUCAAACAGGAAAUCUAAUUGCAAUAAUAACUUGUACCUAAUACUAAGCAUACAUAACUAACUCUUAGUACAUGUGUUGUAAUUAAAUAUUAGCAUUACAUUUGGCGGAAAACAAAGUGAACAGUGAAUUAGUUUUCAAAUAUAGCAUCGGCAUGUAAUUAGGAGUCUCUACUCUAGUAUAUUGUGGUAAAAUGCUAUUUCGCUCUACCUUCUGAUAGCCGGAAUCCCGGCUAUGUGCUUUCCCGUUCGUAUCUUAUUAUUAUCAAUUACGAACAUACUAUUAUUUAUUAUGGCAUAAUCUACUUACGCAAAAGAAGAAACCCGAUACACUAAUUAGGUGUAUACCUACAAAUAUUGUAAUUAUGUGGAGCUCUAGAUUUACCGCGUUCGUUCAUUAAACAAAGUCUUGUUUACUUUAUUUGAAAUUUACGCCAUUUAAGGUCCUAUCUUAAUUGGUUGUUCAAUACUUACGCUAUAGAAUUCCCAAUAUAGCAAGAACCCUAAAUGGCAUAACAAUCCCGUGUGGUGACUGUCUAUAAAUCUUAUUUUAAUAGUUUUGGGCGUGACAUUGUCUCAUGCACAUUUGCUAAAAUCGCUUGGCAAUAAAAUUCGUUCCAUAUACGAUAGGACCAUAUAAAAACGAAUUUCACUAUUUAAACAUGUGCAAAGGCUUCUCCACACGUGCUCACCAAAUCACCUCGCAACCCCGGCUUGCACCCCGCUAAGAAAAAAAAACAUGUUAUUUUAACUCCCCAAGCGGUCCCGAAAUAGGCCCAUUUCUAAUAAAUUACAAAAAGCGGGAGAUGCCCAAUUUGUCUAAUAACUACAUAUAUUAUUAACCUUUUAACUGUGAGGGGAUCCACAGAGAAUCUUCCAUAUUGUAAAUGUAAUGGAUAAAAGGAUAAACUAUUUUUUGUUGACCUAAUGGAUUGGGAAACUAUUCAAACUUAACACAUUCACUGCCUCCGACGCACAUGUGCGUUCACCGCCAUACAAGUUUGUUUCUAGGCCACGCCCCCUGGCAGUGAAUGCGUUGAAGUUAUAUUGCCAAACUUAACAUUAAGCUCGCCGUCAAUUGUUUUUGAUUUGAAUAAUAUGUACCUAUACAGGAGCUUGAUUUCUAUUACAAUACUAAAAUCCGCCAAUUUAAAAAGAUCAUAUGUUAUUUACCGAAAGCGGUUCAUAAGGGCGUUCACAGUAUUCAAACUACGCUUGACAAUGCCGAUGUAAUACAUGAGUACAGUAAAUAAGCAACUAAACUGACUUAUUAUAAUAACUGACAGAACCUCCCUGCAUUACCAAUUAGUGACGGCUUAGCUUAAAGAUCCCGGCCUUAAACGUGAUGGGCUUAGUCUAUAGGCGUAUUAGUCAAAUCCGCGGCGGCGGUGUCUUUACAGCGUCCUAUUUUGUUUGUUUCUAAGCUUAUACCUUGCAUAGUUUGGCCUUAAAAUUAGUUGUGACAGCACGGUAAUAGAGGUCAGAUGUAUACUACCAUUAAACUGGACGGUAGUACAUUUGUAUUCGGGUGCGGCGCGUGCGCACAGUUACGUUCCGACGAAUAGCUGUGCGCGGUUGAACAGAAACGUGGAUUAGUAACGUGAGACUUUAUUCCGAAUUCUGAGCGCGGUUGGUGCUUUGGAUACUUAAAAGUCACUUGUUUCUUGUUUGAAGUUCUACUGCGCAUGUCAUGUAAAGAAAUAGCUAGGCUUUACCUUACCGCCAAAGAAGAUCUUGUAAUAGACAUGUUUAUUUCCGUGUUUUUCGGUCAACGCAAAAUCUAUGAUUAAGACCUUGCACUAUAAUUCAUUGAAAUCGGAGACGAAGCUGAAAGACGGAAAAAUCAUGCCAUUUGAGCGCUCCGAGUAUUGAAUCACCUAAAAUAAAGGCUGUAUAUUAUGCUUGUUACAAUUUGCAGUAGUUAUUUGCCAACGAAAUAAAAAAAUUACGAUAAUGUAGUACGCAGCUCACUUGUUUACUAUUAUUAUACGUCAAUUUUCCUUGACGCUAAUUAAAGAUAAACGUUAAUUACUUAUAAUGCCGGUUAUGUAUACAAUUUAGUUCAUGGCUACAUAUGUAUAGUCUCAAAACCGUACAUAAAAAAGUGUAAGUUUCUGAUGGAAAACUUUGGCUGUCCCUAAAAUGACCUUAAAUGCCGCAAAUUAAUUAUUUUGGUGGUAAUAAUGUAGAUUAAAUUAAACAACUGGAAGGAAAUUAACUACAUAAAAUAUGAGCUUCAUAAUCAUAAUCUCCUUUCGCCAUCGUAGUUGUUUGCCUCGGCACAGCCAACUCUUGCCGGCAGCUGUAUCAUAAAACUACUUUUUACUACGAAUAUUAAACAGUUCCAGAGAGCCCCGUUUAACGACACCAAAUAACAGGUCACAGUGAAAUUACAUAUUUUGUACUGAUGCUUAAAUGCCUGUCGUGGGCAUACAGCCGUCCUUCUAAAACCGGUCUCAUGCUAAAGGGAUGCAAGUUCUGCGUUAGACACUUGGACAUCGGUUCCCAACCGUUUGAGCAUCGGGCGCCUCUUAGUUCCAACAAUCUUGGAGACCCACUAAAGUGGUUGUAAACAUAAAGGAAAAUCUUCGUACUUUGGAGACGUAGUCUUUUUUUAUUCGGUUUAAACCCUAAAACUAGUGUUUGUAGUAAGUCUUUAAUCAUGUCUUUCGGGGCUACAACAUGUUAAAUUACAACUAAUGCAGCUUUUAAAAUUUUAACUGAUUUUAAAUAUCAUAUUAAUAUUAUUAAUUACUCUAAAUAUAGUUGGACAACAGAAAACUGUGUCAAGUUUUCGUGUUUCCAUCGAUCAAACAUUUGAUGUUAAUGCCAUAACCAUUGCAACCAACAAAGAUGUCUCCCACCUUAAUCACUCUUAUUGGGUAUCAAUUUGCCCUAAAGUAGGUACUUACUUCCCUACUAUCUACUAUGUAGGAUUAAUAUAAAACCGGUUGUUUCAAAAACAGGCCAUUAGUAUAUUUGUUUCUGAAGCGACCGAUAUAAUUUGUGGCUCGCUUUUGAUGGUUCUACAUAAAUGUAGAGAUAGUUUAAUCUAGAUCUUUCAAACUACCUAUGAAUUCCAAAUAUUUUCCGAAGUGAUAGAGGGUUGGAAUUAACAUUGUGAUAAGAUUGCCUUUAUGCGUCCUGGUUUAUUCUAUUUUCUACGAUUAGAAACCAGAAAGGACGAUGUUAAGUUUUUUGGGAGUAAACCCUUGUGCAGUUCAACUUUUCUGUCAUUUGACAAGGAAGCUUAUUCUUUAAAUAUAAUUGUGCUUUAAAUGAAAAAACGUCGCGGUUGUCCACUACAGGGGAUAGAUUGCGUUAAGAAAUUUUAUGUAAAAUGGAAUUGAAAGGUUGGAAACCAAUAGUGGCUGGUAGAGCUUAUAAGUGCAGGGUGCAUAAAUAUUUGGAGUUUUUAGACUUGUUGAUAUUAUAUUGAAUUUAAUAUUAAAUUAUGUAUAUAAAGUAGCAAUAAGUAUAAUAACACGCUGUAAAAUAUAAUCUGUACGUAUUUUAAAUUAAGUUUUAUCAAUUAGGGAUACUUGCCUUUGUAGAAUUUUAUUAAGUUCUGACUGUUUGGUUUAAAUGAACUACUGUAAUAGUUAAUAAUCAAUGCAUUUCCUAUUUGAGUCAAUCGUCGGCCUAAAUCGCAAACCUCGUAACUCCUCCGGGGGAGUUACGGGGUUUGCGACUAUAAGUAUUGCUGUCCAAGGUGGCAAUUACCAAUUUAUUUGAAAUGGAAUUACGAGGUUUGCGAUUUAGGCCGACGCAAUGCAAUAUUUUGACGUAAUUUAUGUACAAGAAUAUGUAGUCAAAUACGUCAUAUAGUAGUUAUAUAAUAAAGGAGGGGUAAUUUUACAAAAGGUUUUU